AUGUGGAGCAACGGGCAAGCAGUCUUUGUUGUUGUUCUGAAUCCAAAUGGUCGAGCGGUGCGUCUGUUCUAUAGCCUUCCCCUUUUGCGCACCCGGAUGGGGCAACGAGCGCGAGUGGCGGGGUCGCUCGCGCGCGGUGAGCAGUGA